AUGGAAGAUUUUCAAUUUGAAAUUCCAGAAAUUGAAAUUCCGGAAAUUGAAGUUCCAGAAGGGGACUUUUGUGAUGUAGAGAUGGAAAUGGAUUAUGAAUUAGAGAUGGAGGGUGAUAAUGGGGAGGGCAUAGAAGAUGAAGAAUCUGAGACUAAAAGAGCAUCUCGCCCAAAAGCUGGAAAUCCAAAACACCAAAUCCAAUACAACCACCAAAUGCAGCAAAACCGUCAAAUCCUGCAAAACCUCCAAGGUCCUCGCAAAGUCUAAGUAAAAGUGAAAGACUACUCACGCUGUUCUGUGUUCACCAUCACCUUCUGCAACUGCCUGUUUCUGGGUACGGCUGCAUUGAUAUGCUCCUUGAAGGCAAUGAAUAGGAAGUAUAGGAGAGACAUCAAAGGAGCAAAGAAAUUCAGUCGCCGUGCUCUGGCUGCCAAUAUUUGUGCCAUCAUUACGACUAUCAUCACCAUAAUUCUUGUUUCUCUUUUUGCUGGACCUGCUUUUUUUUACUAUAGGGGAUGUUAA